AUGAGCUCUUCCGAUCAACGCCGCAACAGAAAACGUAUUCUCCGACCAUCUCUCUUUUCUGUAAGAUCUCUCCUCCUCUGCUUCAGCUUCCUCACUUUCCUCUACCUCUUAUCCUACACACUCCCCUUCACUUCUUCCGUUUUCCGCCCUGUUCUAGUCGUUUCUAGCUUAUCCUUACUGUCUACUACGACUGCUAAGUCAAUACAAACUUUUGGGGGCGUUUUGUUACCGUUGGAGAUUGAGGAUAGGGUUUUGUUCCCCGACCAUGUCCUCUUGUUGGUGACCGGCGGUAGGAAAGAUGGGUUGAUGAACGAUGAUAAAUUGGAAUGUGUUUAUUUUAUUGAAGAAGACAGGAAUUACAGUGGUGCUUCUGCUGUGAACAAGGUGCUGUCUGUAGAUGAAUACGAUGAGUUUAGGAUCAUUGUCAGGUGCCCUCUUCCGGUUGGGAAUUAUUCGGCUGCUACGGAUUUGAGGUGGCGUGGCGAGGAUAGGGUUUUCGAGGAUAGUUCAUCGUUGAAGCAUUGGAACAGGGUUACUUAUGCAGCUGCAAUAGAUGAGAGCUCUGUUGUUGUGUUUGUCAAAGGAUUGAAUCUAAGGGCGGAUAGGAAGUCGGACCCGAGCCAAUUCAGUUGCCAUUUCGCGUUGGGGAAGCGGGAGAGGAAGGAUAGGUACGUGACGAGGACCAAGGCAUUGACUGCUGCUCAGGAAGUUGUGAGGUGCGCGUUGCCACGGAGGUUGCGAGUCCAUGGCAACGUGGAUAGUUUUGAUGGGAUUCGCGUCACUAUUGGCGUGCAGCAGCCUCAUGUUCGUAGGCGUCUGCUCGUGCCAUCUGUGGCAAAGGUGUCUAAUUUAGGGUAUGAUGGGAGGAAGAUGAGUGAGGGUAAAUAUGAGCUGUGUGUGUGUACGAUGGUGUGGAACCAGGGCUCAGCCAUACGCGAGUGGAUCAUGUACCACGCGUGGCUGGGGGUGGAGAGGUGGUUCGUGUACGACAACAACAGCGAUGAUGGGAUAGAUGAGGUUGUCCGAAAUCUUGAUCGAGAGAACUACAACGUCAGCCGGCAUGUGUGGCCAUGGAUCAAGACUCAGGAAGCAGGGUUCUCUCACUGUGCAGUGAGAGCAAAGGAUGAAUGCAAAUGGGUCUCAUUCAUGGAUGUGGAUGAGUAUUUCCACUUGCCAUAUACAACUCCCAAGCACCAAAGAUUCAGGAAACUAGGGUAUGCAGAGCAGGGCUCACUGCGUACCUUAGUGGCCAACGUGUCGUCGUGGUCGAGCACCAUAGCUGAGAUCCGGACAUCCUGCCACAGCUUUGGGCCGUCCGGGCUGAGCGCAGCGCCACCACAGGGGGUCACUGUGGGGUACAGCUGUCGGCUUCAGAGUCCCGAGAGGCACAAGUCGAUCGUCAGGGCAGAUGCACUCGACCCAACCCUGCUCAACGUGGUGCACCAUUUCCACCUCAAAAAGGGAUUCAAGUACCUGAAUUUGCCUGCCACUGCAGCAGUCAUCAAUCAUUACAAAUACCAAGUGUGGGAGGUAUUUAGAGCAAAAUUUUACAGAAGAGUUGCUACAUACGUUGCAGAUUGGCAACAGAACCAGAACGAGGGAUCACGUGACAGAGCACCGGGGCUGGGGACGGAAGCCAUUGAGCCACCUGAUUGGCCACAGAAGUUCUGUGAGGUUUGGGACACAGGGCUCAGAGACUUUGUUUUGGCUAAUCUGGCUGAUUUUAACACCGGUUUGCUGCCGUGGGAGGCACCACCAGCCGGUGCUCAAUAAGUGUUCCUGCCACUUGUAUAGGAGAAGAUCACACUAGACAUUCAUUUAUAGUUUUCCUAUUUGUAUACAUCUGCUUUUGGGAGAAGACUAGAGAGGCCAUAGAUUAGAAACAGAGCUAUAGAUAGUAAGGAAGUGAGUUUUAGCUUUCUUAUUGAAUGAUUGAACUCUUCAGCAGCAUUAUUGAAUGAAUAGUUUACAAGUAAGGAAACUAUUGCAAGA